AUGCCCGACGAAGCUGUGAAUCGCGAGGAGGAAAGGGAGGUGGGGCAGGAAUCAGACGGCCAGGAGGCUCGGCUGCUGGAGCACGUGACGCAAUCAACGCCGGCAAACGAUCCGCAAGCAGUGAUUAGCGCCAUCGAUGCCUACGCAUGGUCCAGCCGCGAAUUCUUUAUGAACGUCGGCGACGUGAAGGGUGCUAUCCUAGACGACGCCGUCCGCCGCGCGAACCCUCUCAGCGCAAUCGAGCUCGGCGCGUUCUGCGGGUACUCGGCGGUUCGAAUCGCAUCUCAUUUCUCCAAGCCGGGAGCUCGACUAAUUUCCGUGGAGCUGAGCGAAUUCCGCUCGUCCAUCGUCCGCAGCAUGGUCGCGCACGCGGGCCUCAGCGACAAAGUCACCGUCGUUACGGGGACUCUUCAAACUUCAACUGACGAGAUUCGGCAAGCUGCGAGCAAGAUUCCGUUCGAUCUGGUGUUCAUCGAUCACGUGAAGCACCUAUAUCUGCCGGACCUCCUGUUCCUGAAAGACCAGAAGCUCAUCGGGCCUGGGACUAUCAUAGUAGCUGAUAACAUCGUCUAUCCGGGAUCGCCUGAUUAUCUCGAAUUCAUGGAGCGGAGCAGUGAGUUCGUGACGGAGAAGAGGGAGACGAUGCUGGAGUACUCGACCAAGGUCAAGGACCUGGUGCUCGUUUCAACCUACUCCCCGAAGAACGAGUAG